AUGUGCAAUCAUUUAUACACCUUUGUGUAUAACUUCCAGGAAAAGAACGAGCGGCCCACCCACCUGGCAGGGGCCUUCCUGGCCUUCAUCGGGGGCAGCCUCUACUUCUGGCUGCAGCUGUACCUGUCCUUCUCCACGAAGGGCCUGCCCCAGCCCGGGGCCCCCUGGCUCCAGCCGCUGCGCCUGGGCCUCUGCAGCCUCUGCACCUCGCUCAUCGUGGCCAUGAUCGUCCUCCACACCUGGCCGCUGCGCUCGGCCUCUGCCGCCUGCGAGUGGGCGGCCGCCAUGCUGCUGUUCCUGCUUUUCGGCCUCUUCGCCGUGGACUUCUCGGGCCUGGAGCGCUGCCGCCUGUGCCUCCAGCCGGGGCCCAGCCUCCCGCCGCCCUCCCCCGCCUCCUUGCAGGCCCACGCGCUGCCACAGGCGCUCUGA